AUGCCAAACACUAAAAUUACCAAAGCAAAGUCGAGGGACAAGUGUCCAUUGUGUGAACAAGGAGUUCAGGACAAUAAGUGGCGGGAGCACUUGCUGAUGUGUAAUGGAGGGAAGUUUCCAUGCAAGAUAUGUGGUAAACUUUUUAAGAAGAGUUCCUACCUUCAGCGUCAUGAGAAGAAGUUCCACCCAGCGGAGGUUCUGGAGAAGAAGACCGAGGAUGAUAAAGAGUGGUUAGAGCAAGACCCAGGAGAACUAAUUGGGGAAGUAUCCAAUGAAAGCGAUUCAAGCUCCAGUAGUAUUGAUUCUAGUGAAGAGGAAGACGUGGUUGAAGAAAGUAAGGUGGAUGAGCCUGGGAAAGAUAAUGAGCGUCAGGUACCACAAGAGAUCAAGAAGGUAGAAGAGAAGGGUGGUGAAGAAAAUUCAUGUAGCAGUUCCUUAGAGAAAGGAAGGAUAAUAAGGAAGCCGACAAUACCGGUUCCGGUAUUUGCUCCUCAGAGAAGGGUACCUCUGAACUUACCCGAUAAGAACGUUUCCCUAAAACGAUUCCACUUCUCCUCAAAAUGCUCAACCAGCACACAAACAGAAGAUGUUUGCCAUGCUGCUCAAACCAGAAUCAAAAAGAGAAAACUUCACAAGACCACCUUUAGCUAUGUUAAAGAUGACAAGAACGUGGAAGAGAUCAUAGAGGAAGAAGAGUUUGAAUAUGAAAAUUAA